AUGAUUGCGCGACCCCGCACCGCGACCUCGACGCUCCCUGCGAGCCUCAUCCUCACCUCACGCGCACAGAAACAGUACCGCCGCUAUCAGUCGCAGAACUCGGUCCUCCCACCCAAGAGCCACGAUCGCCUUCCCACCGCGACCGAGUACGCCGAUUUCCAGUCCUGGCUCGCCAAGCGCGACUCGGGCUACCUGUCUGACACCCCGCUCGCCGACAUUGCAUACUAUGCGGAGCGCGCAUCUGGGAAAAGAGAAGAGAAGGGCAGGGCUAGUCCACCGACCAAGACUGUCCCGCGCUUCAGGCUUGGUACGCUGGUAGCCUUGAUCAAGGAGCUUGGUCGGCUGGAGAACCUAGCACAGGACGAGCGCGACUACGACCGGAAACAUCAGCACAAGGGUAACUCUAGCCAAGCCACGAGCGAGAUAAAGACUGCGACCCAGGCCCUAGAGAUAUACUGGGACAGCAUGGAGGCCAAGCCGACCAUGAUGCAGUCGCCGUGCAGUGAAAGGACCCGCACAGUUGUCUUCUGCCCCAAGACCAACUUUGAGCGAGGCCGAGAUCAGCUCUACUUCUGGCGUAAGUCGCCGCGGUAUGAGGCUGGUGGGAAGUACGCAUCUUCUAGUGAUGAUGAGGAUGAUGAGGGCGAAGAAGAGGAGUGCGGCGAGAAUAUCAUUUCGACUUGUGGAGAGAGUUGUACAGCCAGCAGUGGUACCACGGCAAUCAUUGUUCUAGGACACGACUUGAAGGACGAAGAGGAGGGAUCCGACGAGGACGCCAGCGACUUGGACGACGACGACGAUUCUGAUGAAGAAGCAGAGGAAGACGAGGAAGACGAGGAAGACGAGGAAGACGAGAAUGAUGACGAAGCUGACGCCAGCUUCGUCGUCUUCGAGUACGAAGAAGUCGUCGUUCAAGGCGCCGAGUUUGUCGUUUUCGAGGACUGA